AUGUCAUGAUAUACAAUCGAAUUGGAGCAUGGUCCAUUCAAAUGGAGUGUGGUGAAGCGGAAUAAAGACUUCGCAGUGCUGGCUGCAAGGCUUUUGACACACAGAGCCGCUGAACGAAUUCGUGCUCCA